AUGACACAACCAAAUAACUAUAAAAUUGGAACCAACGUUAUCCACGCUGGUCAAUCCGCUGAUAAAAAUACAGGUGCUGUAAUUGUACCAAUUUCAUUAUCCACCACUUUCUUACAACCAUCACCAGGUGUACUCCAUUCUGAAUAUGAUUAUUCAAGAUCAGGUAAUCCAACAAGAAAAGCAUUUGAAGAAUGUAUUGCAGCAUGUGAAAAUGCUAAAUAUGCAUUAUCAUUUGCAAGUGGUUUAGCAACACUUACAACAAUUACACAUUUAUUAAAAUCUGGUGAUGAAGUUAUUUCAAUUGAUGAUGUUUAUGGUGGUACACGUAGAUAUUUUACACGUGUUGCAGCCAAUUUCGAUUUGAAAUUCAGCUUUGUCGAUCUUUCAACUUUAGACGAUUUAAAGAAUGCAUUCACCGAUAAAACUAGAUUAGUAUGGAUUGAAACACCAACCAACCCAUUAUUAAAAGUAGCUGAUAUUAAAGCAGUUGCAGAUUACGUUCACAGUCGUGGUGCUACUUUGGUUGUUGAUAACACCUUUAUGUCACCAUACUUCCAAAAUCCAUUGGAUUUGGGUGCCGAUAUCGUUAUGCACUCUGUCACCAAAUAUAUCAAUGGUCAUAGUGAUUGCGUUAUGGGUGUUUUGGCAACAAACAACGAUGAACUCUACGCCAAGCUUAAAUUCCUCCAAAAUAGUAUUGGUGCCGUGCCAUCACCAUUCGAUUGUUUCCUCGCCCUUCGUGGUUUGAAGACUCUCCACGUUCGUAUGGAAGCUCAUCAAAAGAAUGCUUUCGCCAUUUGCAAUUUCCUCGAAAAACAUCCAAAAGUUGAAAGAGUCAUCUAUCCAGGUCUCCCAUCUCAUCCACAACAUGAGAUUUGCAAACGUCAAAUGAAAGGUUAUGGUGGUAUGGUUGUUUUCUUUGUUAAAGGUUCAAUCGAUCAAAGCAGAUCUUUCUUGGAGAAUAUUAAACUCUUUGCUCUUGCUGAAUCUUUAGGUGGUGUCGAAUCUUUAAUUGAACUUCCAUCAGUUAUGACUCACGCAAGUGUUCCAGCUGAAGAAAGAGCUAAACUCGGUAUCUCUGAUACUUUAAUUCGUUUAUCCGUUGGUAUUGAAGAUAUUAAUGAUCUUUUAGCUGAUAUCUCUCAAGCUUUAGAUAAAUGUUAA